GUCUUUCUCGGAUAUUACACGUCGAUUGUAAUCCGUGGUGAGUGUCGAAAGAUAUUAAGUGCAGUGUGAAAAAGUGAAUUUAGUUAUAAUUGAAUAGUUUUUAGCGUACUAACCAAAAAUGGGCAAGGAAAAGAUUCACAUCAACAUUGUCGUCAUUGGACACGUCGACUCCGGCAAGUCCACAACCACCGGUCACUUGAUCUACAAAUGUGGUGGUAUCGACAAACGUACCAUCGAGAAGUUCGAGAAGGAGGCCCAGGAAAUGGGUAAGGGUUCUUUCAAAUACGCCUGGGUAUUAGACAAACUUAAGGCAGAGCGUGAACGUGGUAUCACCAUCGAUAUCGCCUUGUGGAAAUUCGAGACCAGCAAAUACUAUGUCACCAUCAUCGAUGCCCCCGGACACAGAGAUUUCAUUAAGAACAUGAUCACGGGGACAUCUCAAGCUGACUGCGCUGUAUUGAUCGUCGCUGCCGGUACUGGUGAGUUCGAAGCUGGUAUCUCUAAAAAUGGACAGACCCGUGAGCACGCCCUUCUCGCCUUCACUCUUGGUGUCAAGCAGCUGAUCGUUGGAGUCAACAAAAUGGACUCCACUGAGCCCCCAUACAAUGAAGGCCGUUUUGAGGAAAUCAAGAAAGAAGUAUCCUCCUACAUCAAGAAAAUCGGUUACAACCCAGCUGCUGUUGCUUUCGUACCCAUUUCUGGCUGGCACGGAGACAACAUGCUGGAGCCAUCUACCAAAAUGCCCUGGUUCAAGGGAUGGAAUGUCGAGCGUAAAGAGGGCAAGGCUGAAGGAAAGUGCCUCAUUGAGGCUCUGGAUGCCAUCUUACCCCCAGCUCGCCCUACAGACAAGCCCCUUCGUCUGCCCCUCCAGGACGUCUACAAAAUUGGUGGUAUCGGAACAGUGCCUGUGGGCAGAGUUGAAACUGGUAUUCUUAAGCCUGGUACCAUUGUUGUUUUCGCACCUGCCAACAUUACUACUGAAGUUAAGUCUGUGGAGAUGCACCACGAAGCCCUGCAAGAGGCAGUGCCUGGUGACAAUGUUGGUUUCAACGUAAAGAACGUCUCCGUAAAAGAGUUGCGUCGUGGAUAUGUUGCUGGUGACUCUAAAAACAACCCCCCCAAGGGUGCUGCAGACUUCACUGCACAAGUUAUUGUGCUAAACCACCCUGGACAAAUCUCAAACGGAUACACACCAGUUCUCGAUUGCCACACAGCCCACAUAGCUUGCAAAUUCGCAGAAAUAAAAGAAAAGGUUGACCGUCGUACUGGCAAAUCCACUGAAGAUAACCCUAAAUCUAUUAAGUCUGGUGAUGCUGCUAUUGUUAACCUAGUUCCAUCCAAACCACUGUGUGUGGAAUCUUUCCAAGAGUUCCCACCCCUCGGUCGUUUUGCUGUCCGUGACAUGAGGCAAACAGUUGCUGUAGGCGUCAUCAAGGCUGUUAACUUCAAGGAAGCUGGUGGCGGUAAGGUCACCAAAGCCGCCGAAAAGGCCACCAAGGGCAAGAAGUAGCUAGCACUGUUAACAGCACAGUUUUUCAUUCAACUGCGAUACUUCAUUCACCGAAAGGUGUUCAGAAGGAAAAAGGGCUACAUCUCAUUCCUUUUCUAUAUUUUUUACAAGGCUUAUACUGUAAUGUAACAUUAUUUUAUAAUUUAUAAGGUUAUACAUAUUAUAUCUGAAAUAUUUUGUUACGACUGCAACUAAAAUGUAAAUUCAUAGAAUAAACGUAGCCUCCAGUGAUAAACAAA